CAGAAUCUGCAGAAUAAAGGGAGAAGACACAGCAGACGCUUUCAAACCUGAAUCAGCACUCCAGCUGACACUGAGCAGAGUCAACUUCCUCCAUCAUCAUCUUCACGAUCACCAUGAAGAUGCUUGCUGUGUCACUUACACUGUGCACUGUCCUGGCGAUAAGUCAAGCCAUUCCGAUCAACCCCACCAUGUCCUGGGAUAAAGGCCAUUGUUACCAUGAAAGAAUGAAUUGCUCAAACCUCAUUGGAUCAUUCUGCCCUAAGUGUGAUGACAAUGGAAACUUCCUUCCAAGGCAGUGCUCCGGGUCUACCGGGUACUGUUGGUGCGUUGACAUCAUGACUGGAAAGAAGAUACCGAAUACAACAACACCACCUGAUACCCCACCUGUUAACUGCAUGAUAGGGGACUCAGACUGCCCAGAUGGCUGGUCUCGAUUCGGUGACCGGUGUUUCAACUAUAUCAGCACCCCAAAGACAUGGACUGAAGCUCAGAUUUUUUGUCAGUUCGAUGGCGGCAACCUGGCAUCCAUUCACAAUUAUGAGGAAAACCACUUUGUCCAGUCUUUGACCAGAGGGGACACCGACAACUUCCCAGAAACCUGGGCUGGUGCCACUAGCGCCGUCCAUCCUGGUUUUUGGAUGUGGAUUGAUGGCUCCAAGUUUUACUAUGAAGACUGGUGCGAUGAUGACGAUCAUGAUGAUACGAGUGAAGAAGACAGCCAUGACAACACAAAUGAAAAAGACAGCCAUGGCAAAUCCAGUAAGAAAGACAGCCAUGAUGAUACAAGUGAGGAAGACAGCCAUGGCAAAUCCAGCAAGAAAGCCAUGAUGAUACAAGUGAGGAAGACAGCCAUGACAAUACAAGUGAACAAGACAGCCAUGGCAAAUCCAGAAGAAAGCAGCCAUGAUGAUACAAGUGAGGAAGACAGCCAUGACAACACAAGUGAACAAGACAGCCAUGGAAAUCCAGGAAGAAGCGCAGCCAUGAUGAUACAAAAGCACAGCCACGGCAAAUGCAGUAAGAAGGACAGUCAUGACAAUACAAGUGAGGAAGACAGCCAUGAUGAUACAAGUGAACAAGACAGCCAUGGCAAAUCCAGCAAGAAGGACAGUCAUGACGAUACAAGUGAGGAAGACAGCCAUGAUGAUACAAGUGAACAAGACAGCCAUGGCAAAUCCAACAGCCAUGGCAAAUCCAGCAAGAAGGACAGUCAUGACGAUACAAGUGAGGAAGACAGCCAUGGCAAAUCCAGCAAGAAGGACAGUCAUGAUGAUACAAGUGAGGAAGACAGCCAUGGCAAAUCCAGUAAGAAGGACAGCCAUGAUGAUACCAGUGAGCAGGACAGUGAAGAUGACGAUGAUGAUGACCAUGACAACACCAAGAAGACAGCUAGCAUCUGCAUGAAGAUAAAUUGCCAUUAUAAUCUGAAGUGGUGCACUGCAACCUGCAAUGACGCCUUCCCAUUUGUUUGUUCGAAAAGGAUCUGAACUCAGACCAGAUGAUGAAAAAACCAAGAGUCUUGACUAUACGCACUACACAUGACAGCCCCACAAAAUUUGUUUCUUACUCUUUUUUGUUUUGUUUUAUGUUUUUAAAUGUAAUCAAUAGGUAUUAAAAAACAUCUUUAGGGGUAGUUUUUCUUGUUCAACCAGUUGUUUACUGAAUUUGGUUCAGUUCUAGAUAUAAAUCCAAAUCAUUUGUGCAUGUGAACUUGGAUCAAAUUCUUCUAAUAAUCUAUUUUUGUAUAAUCAAGCAUGUUUCAAUUACUCUAAGUAUAAAAAACACAAUAAAAACAAAGCAACACAAA